GAUUAGGUUCAAUAAAAUGAGUUAAAGUUUCACUCUAGCAGGAAGCAGACCAGGCUUUGCAGGCUUCAUUCUGUUAGUCCUGGGCCAGUCAAGGAGCUCUCCUGACAGGAUUUUUUUCUCAUGAUGGCAAAUGCACAUCUGCUGCUCUUGACCCUUCUAAUCUGCUCUGCUUAUGGAGCUGGUCUGGAGGACAAGAAAGGGCCACUGGACCAUAAAGUUUUAGAUGUGCCAGAGGCCACACCAGUGCCAUUUGCUAUUUUUCAGUUUACAUCCACAGUAGAAAGUGUGUCAUCAUACCGUGUGAGUGGCGAGACAGAGGGAAAGAUCAGCAUAUCUUCAGAUGGCUGGUUGUACCUUGAAGAACCGCUGGAAUGGAGCCCUGAGAAACGUCAUGCUCUAAAUAUAGAGGCACUGUCAGCUGAUGAUAACACCCUUGAUGGACCUUACACAGUUGUUCUCCAAGUUGUGGACGUCAACAACAAUCCUCCUGUCUUUACUCAAAGCCAGUAUAGUGGAAGUAUCAGAGAGCAUUCGCCCGCAGGGGUGCCAUUUGUGCAAGUGCUUGCCACUGAUGAUGAUGAUGCAAACACACCUAAUGCUCAGCUGAGCUACAGCAUAGAGAACCAGAUCCCCAACCCCUCUGGCCAAUUCUUCUUUACCAUCAACCCAAACAAUGGAGAAAUUUCCACCACAGAAGAGGGAGCAGCAUUUCUGAGAGCCAAAACUGGAGUGAUAUACAGUCGUGGUGAGACCCGGGGAAGUGUUGACGUUCUGAAGAAAAAGUUUGAUGAAUUCUGCUCUCCAAAGACUGAAGUGCCCCUAGAGAAUAAUCCCUUCUUCACAUGUGUCCAGCAUGCUGAAAGCAGGAGAUUUAACGCUAUCCAGGACCCAGACUACACUUUGAUUGUGCGAGCAGAGGAUUUAGGUGGUGGAACCCCCAAUGCUCUCAGCAGCACCACUCGGGUCAACGUAGCCAUCAUUCAAAACCUCUGGGUCCGCCCAGAGCCAAUCACCAUCAAGGAAAAUGUGUUAAAUGAAUAUCCCAUGCUGAUUGCUUCGGUGCGCUCCAAUGACCCCAAUGCACUAUACAGGCUGGUGCAAAAGGAGAAAGAGAUUCCUUUUCCAUUCACUAUCAAUGAAGAUGGAGCCAUCUUUGUUACUGAGCCUUUGGACAGAGAGCAGAAGGACAUGUAUAUACUGGUGGUGUUGGCGGAGGAUGAUCAAGGUGUUGAACUGGAGACUCCCAUGGAGAUCCAAGUGAAGGUGGGGGAUGAGAACGACAGCCCUCCUGUGUGUGCAGAAGCUCAAAGUAUAUUUGAGGUGCAGGAGAACGAGAAAGUGGGUAACCAUAUUGGUGAUCUGUUGGUUCUUGAUGCGGAUGAGGAGAACACACUCAACUCACUGCUGAGCUACAAACUUUUGAGCCAGAACCCUGCCAACCCUUCUGAAGGAAUGUUCUCCAUUGAUGAAGCACGAGGCAGGAUCCAGGUGGCCAAACACAACUUCCGUAGAAAGGAUGUGCCAGAAUAUCAGCUCAAGGUUGGAGUAACUGAUGGAGUUCACAGUACAGAGUGUAAUGUUGUCAUCAAAAUCAUCGACAUCAACAAUGAGAUCCCCAUCUUUGAGAAGAAUGAUUAUGGCACAUACAGUAUUCCAGAGCUAGCAGACGUGGGCACUACUCUCCUGACCAUUAAAGCUACAGACGCUGAUGAUCCUGGCACAGGUAGCUCCAGGGUAGAGUACCACAUCACUAAAGGAGACCCAGACAAAUUAUUCGCCAUAGAGGUUGACGACACCACUGGGGAGGGCAGAGUCUACGUUGCACAGCCUUUGGAUUAUGAGGUUCAGUCUACCUACCAGCUUCAGAUUGACGCCCGUAAUCCCGAGCCCCUGAUCAAAGGAGUGGAGUACGACGAACAUUCCACUACAGUCGUGGUCAUUGAGCUGGUGGACGUGGAUGAGCCUCCAGUGUUUACUGUGGACAUACUGAACAUCAACGUCCCAGAAAAUCUCACUGUAGGAACCACCCUCUUGACAGCUGAUGCCAAGGACCCAGAUGGACAGAAAAUCAUGUUCAAGCUGGAGGGUGAUGAGCAGGGCUGGUUCGAAGUGGAUCCUGACUCUGGAGAGCUGAAGACUAAAGCAGAGAUGGACAGGGAAGUGGUAGACCAGCUCAAGGUCCGGAUCAUCGCUUAUGAGACAGAGGGUCAGAAGCAGGAAACUGAGAAAGAGGUGUCGAUCCAGCUGUUGGAUGUGAAUGAUAACUUUCCUAAGCUGCAAAAGACUCAGGGGUUCAUGUGUGUGAAGAACCCAACCCCCUUGGUGCUGACCGCUGUGGACGCUGAUGCACCACCCUUUGGAGAGCCCUUUACCUUUGCGUUGCAAAUGGCCCGCAAGUCACCCAACUGGGAGAUCACGCCAGUAGACGGAACCUCAGCUAAACUGGUUCUAAAGAAGAAGCCGCCUGCUGACCAGACUUUCAGCAUCCCCGUCAAUGUCAAAGACAAUGCAGGCAUGGGUGUUACUCAGAAGUUUGAGGUGCGAGUGUGUAACUGCACUGAGUUGGGCUACUGUUACAUGGAACCGGGAACUCAUGCCUGGAAGUUCAGUGUAUCGACCACAGUUGCCAUUCUGGGAGGAGUUUUUGGAUUUAUCAUCCUGUUCCUGAUUAUUGUAAUUUACCGCAUCAAGAAGAAGGACAAGAAAACGAAGAAAGCCGUGGCUGAUGGGGAAACCAACGCCAUGCUCUAGAAGCCGUGUUCAGUUGAGCUCUCCCACAUGCGCACAUGGUGGUUUAUUC